AUGGUAGCUCGAGACAAGGAGCGUCAAGCAGGAAUGACAAGUUUAAAUCCAGCUCUUAUCAGUACUGCAUCGGGAUCUGGCGCCAUUGAAGGAAUGGAUUGGACAGCCAGCAAUAACAAGACUGAUGACGCCAAACAAUUUUCUCCGGAAGUCGAACAACAGCCUCCUGCGCGCUCAAACUCAAUCUCGAUGUGGGAUCAAGACGACUCGGGCCUCUUCGCAAACCCAGCUGAUGAUGAAAUUGAAGUCGAGUCUGUUAUUGAAGAGAGGCCAGACUUGAUCUGGGAUGCUCUUUACAAUAUGGGACUCGGUCCAGAUGAGGAUGAUAUCGAUGACAAUAAUCCAGGACAAGAGGAGCAAGAGGAUGAAAUUGAAUAUGAUAAUGAUAAUAUUGAGCACGAUGAUUAUGAAUCGGAGGACUGGUAUCCUUUCAAAAAGAAGGAGGUAUGA